ACUUCCGCCCCCAAAAGAGAGGUUGGUCGGCCUAAUGUGAAAUCUCCUCCCUAUUCCUGCAAUGGAAAGAAGCCUAAGUCGGUUCUGGGACGGAAAAGACUCUAAGCUCCUCGUUAAAGUGGGCCAUUGUGUCUUGGACUCCCCCCCGCUUUCCUGCCGUCAGUUGGUUUGCACCGAAUUGCCACUGGGUGGCAAAGUGGGAUGUGGCCCUUGUCUCCUCCCAGAAGUUAACGUAAAACAGGGAGAGUCUUAAUGGAAGAGGAAGCGGUGUGAGUCUUUGGAGCGUGCGUAUUGCGAUCGGCCAGCGGAUCAUCGGAAGGGCGCAAAGUUGCAUGAGGAAGGUAAGAAGAAGCCUGCUGGGGAAGGCCAGAGUACUCCAAAUCCAGCAUCCUGUUCCCAACAGUGACUAUUCAAAUGUGUCCAGGAAGCCCAUCAUCAGGGCUUAAAGGCAAUAGACCUUCUGUUGCCUCCACCCCCCCAGUAAUUGGUAUUCAGAGCCUCAGGUCCUGUCCUCCUUCACAGUCUUGGGGGUUCAGCCCGUGGUUCUUUUUGUGCACAGAGAAUCCAGUGAGGUCCCAAAUAUCAUCUGAACUCGGACAGGCCUCUGACACAAUGUCUCAGCAGCUUCUCUACCGGGCUCUGGUGUCAGCUAAGUGGGUGUCUGAAGCCAUCAAGUCUUCUCAAGCUGGGUUGGCUGUGCGGCUUUUGGAUGCCUCCUGGUACCUCCCCAAAAUGAAGCGCAAUCCCCAGAGUGAAUUUGAGGAGCGCCACAUCCCUGGAGCGGCUUUCUUCGAUAUUGAUCAGUGCAGCGAUCGCCAGUCACCUUACGAUCACAUGUUACCCAGUGCAGGGGACUUUGCUGAAUAUGUCGGAAAGCUGGGUGUGAGCAGUGACUCCCACGUUGUGGUCUAUGAUGCAAGUGACCAGGGCCUGUUCUCAGCCCCUCGGGUCUGGUGGAUGUUCCGGGUCUUUGGGCAUGAAGCUGUUUCCCUCCUAGAUGGUGGGCUGAAGAACUGGAUACGGGAGGGGUACCCAGUCAGCUCCGGAAAGAGUCGACCUGCUCGUGCAGAAUUCCAUGCCACUCUGGACAAAUUGAUGGUGAAGUCCCAUGAGGAUAUUAAGGAGAACAUUGACUCACGUCAGUUCCAGGUUGUGGAUGCCCGAUCUGCAGGGCGGUUCAUGGGGACAGAGGCAGAGCCCCGAGAAGGAAUUGAACCUGGUCACAUUCCUGGCUCGGUGAACAUCCCUUUCACUGACUUCCUUACAGAGGCCGGCUUGGAGAAGAGUCCUGAGCAGAUCAGCAACUUGUUUCAGAGCAAGAAGGUGGAUCUCUCAAAGCCCCUCGUGGCCACCUGUGGCUCAGGAGUCACUGCUUGCCAUGUGGCACUAGGGGCAUAUCUUUGUGGCAAGCCUGACGUAGCCAUUUAUGAUGGAGCUUGGGUGGAAUGGUUCAUGCGAGCACGUCCUGAACACAUUAUCUCAGAGAGAAGUGGGAAGAGCCUGUGAGGAACAGCCUCCUGCCACGAUGGGGGCAGAAACAGUGUCUUGUCACAGGGGAAGGUGAUGGGCCUCACAAAUCCUGUCUUAAGGCUGGGGUUCUCAAACUUGGAUCGCCAAAUGUUGUUGGACAACAACUCCCAUCUUGCUUUUGGCCAUUGUGGCUGGGUAUGAUGGGUGUUGUAGUCCAAUAACAUCUGGAGACCCAAGUUCAAGAACCCCUGUCUUAAGAUAUUAUUGCUGCUGAAUGAAGUUUCUUCGAUAAAUGGAUCUAUCAACACUGGGGUCUUGCAGUUCCUUACCUUGCCUGCUUUGCUGGGCAUGAAUGAUGUCACCCUUGUCAGGGUGGAAGAAAGUACUGAUCAUAGAAAGUGAAAUAAGUGUUUCAGGUUGUCCAUAGGAGCUCAGGAGGUCUACCUCCAUUGAGUUCAUCACAGGAAGGAGGGUUGGGUUUGAAAUUAAUCUUGCACUUGGGCAAAUGGUGUCAUUUUUUCUAACUCCUCAGUGCCAAUACUUCUUGUCUCCCAUAAACUGAAAUCCUCUUUAUACUCUUUUAAAAAGUCAGAAUAUGAAGAUUUAUAACAUUAAAAACAUCUUCAGGUA